AUGUCGACUCCUCGGGUAAAGCGUCAGUUCGCUGGCACCCCUGAUCUCUCCCAGCGCCAAAUCACUUCCUUCUUCAACCCCCGAUCUCCCAACGAGCCUCAACCCAACCCCGAGCCGGCUCGGCAGCCUGUACUCCCUUCUACCGUCCAGGCGAACCUUCUCAGCGUCGGAAUGCGCGUUCGCAAGUCUGUCCCUGAGGGAUACAAGACCACCGGGACGAGCGCCUUCAAGUUGUGGACGGACAAUGCGCCAGUUCCCACAUCUACCCCCCACCGGGCUGCCAACAAGGCCACCUCCCGAGAGUUGCUGCCUUUCUGCGGGAUCAACAAGGUCGGCGGUCUUGAUACUCAGCCCGAGUUUGAGCAAGAGGACGACGUCCCAGACGCCGAUGCUAUUCCCGAGCUUUCAAUGUCUCAAGAGAGUACCGAGAGCGUCGACUCAAACGAGACAUAUCGCAAGCGAUUCUUCGAGGAGGACGACGAAACCAAUCUCAGCUCUCAUGCCCAAGCCAUGGUUGGCGAGGGUGACUCUCGAGUCUAUGCUAUUCCUGUCUCGCAAGCCCAAAAGGCAGCCAGACUUGGAACCGGUGGUCAGGGCCGCACAGCUACUGGUUCUGACUUUGAAGAUGCCGAAUUCCUUGUUUAUGGAGACGACACGAUGGAUCAAGCCAACUAG